AUGGUUCCAUCCAACACUUUCAAUGACAAUUUCAUCAUGCCCAAGGUGUGCACGUUGAUCGCCGCAACCAAGUUGUGCUCCAAGGUUGGCGCAGACUUUGCUCGUGACCAUCUGAUGCCCACUGUGCACUCGAUGCAUAUUCCCAACGGAUCGUCUAUCAACUUUAGGUUCCAACCAUUCGUCGACACGACAAGGACAUUCAUGUUGGGCGUGCGCUACUUCACCACGGCGGCAACUGGCACAGUCAAGCUACAAGUUGUGAACACGAGCAAGAAGGUUGGUCCAAUACUUGGCGCAUUUGAAUUGGAGCAGUGUAGUCAAUCUGAUGACAAGUCCAUCAACUACUACAACAAAAUCAAGGAUGAGACCAUCAUGAUCACCUUGAAGCCAAAGGCCACUGCUGUAACUGACUUGACCGUCUAUUCGUUCAAGGCUGUUGGAGGUGAGGUCUAUGUCAACGCCAUUGCCUUCUGGCCAACUGCUGUACAGCCACCUGCCGUGCCACCUAUCAAGCCUCGCAAAGCUGUUCCAACUGCAUGA